AGCCCGUCGAGGGCAGCAGGGAAGCCGGUCUGUACUCUGUGUAGCGCCGUAGGGACUUACGGACGUGAAAACAUGCCUCUGCGGUUGGACAUCAAGCGGAAGCUGACGGCUCGGUCCGACCGGGUGAAAAGUGUGGAUCUGCAUCCCACUGAACCCUGGAUGGUGGCGAGCCUCUACAGCGGCAGUGUAGUGGUCUGGAACCAUGAGUCACAGACGAUGGUGAAAGUCUUUGAGCUGUGUGAUCUGCCCGUCAGAGUGGCCAGGUUUGUAGCCAGGAAACACUGGGUGAUUGCUGGAUCAGAUGACAUGCACAUCCGCGUGUUCAAUUACAACACUCUGGAGAGAGUUCACUUGUUUGAGGCUCACUCUGACUACAUCCGCUGCAUCGCUGUCCACCCUACACAGCCCUACAUCCUCACCAGCAGUGACGACAUGCUGAUCAAACUGUGGGACUGGGACAGAAAAUGGGCAUGCACUCAGGUGUUUGAGGGACACACACACUAUGUCAUGCAGAUAGUCAUCAACCCUAAAGACAACAACCAGUUUGCAAGCGCCUCGCUCGACAGAACUAUUAAGGUGUGGCAGCUGGGCUCCCGGACCCCCAACUUCACUCUGGAGGGCCAUGAGAAGGGAGUGAACUGCAUCGAUUACUACAGUGGAGGAGACAAACCCUACCUCAUAUCAGGGGCUGACGACCGCUUGGUCAAAAUCUGGGAUUAUCAGAACAAAACCUGUGUUCAGACUCUGGAGGGUCACGCCCAGAACGUGACCUGCGUCAGCUUCCACCCUGAGCUGCCGAUCAUCCUCACAGGCUCCGAGGACGGCACUGUUCGAGUGUGGCACUCCAACACCUACCGACUAGAAAACACACUCAACUAUGGCAUGGAGAGGGUGUGGUGUAUCUGUGGCCAGCCUGGCUCUAAUAGUGUGGCUUUGGGCUAUGAUGAAGGAAGCAUCAUCAUCAAGCUGGGUCGGGAGGAGCCGGCCAUGUCCAUGGACUCCAGUGGGAAGGUCAUGUGGGCUCGCCACUCUGAGGUGCAGCAGGCCAACCUGAAAGCAAUGGGAGAGGCAGAGAUGAAGGAUGGAGAGAAGCUGGUGCUGAGUGUCAAAGACAUGGGCAGCUGUGAGAUUUACCCCCAGACCAUCCAGCACAGCCCCAACGGGAGGUUUGUAGUGGUGUGUGGAGACGGGGAGUAUAUCAUCUACACCGCCAUGGCCCUGAGGAACAAGAGCUUUGGCUCAGCUCAAGAGUUUGUUUGGGCGCAUGAUUCCUCACAGUAUGCCAUAAGGGAAGGAAACAGUAUGGUCAAACUCUUUAAGAAUUUCAAAGAUAAGAAGACUUUCAAACCUGACUUUGGGGCUGAAAGUAUCUUUGGUGGAUUCUUACUGGGAGUGAGGUCAAACAGUGGCCUGGCCUUCUACGACUGGGAGAACGCCGAACUGAUCCGCCGCAUUGAGAUUCAACCGAAACACAUCUUCUGGUCUGACUCUGGGGAGCUGGUGUCCAUCGCCACAGACGAGUCUUUCUUUGUGCUGCGCUACCUACCAGAGAAAGUUGCAGCAGUCCAGGAGUCCAAGGAACCGAUGACGGAAGACGGUAUCGAGGACGCCUUUGAGGUGCUGGGGGAGGUCCAGGAGGUGAUAAAGACAGGCGUUUGGGUGGGAGACUGCUUCAUCUACACCAGCUCUGUUAACAGACUCAACUACUAUGUUGGCGGAGAGAUUAUCACCAUCGCUCACAUGGACAGGACCAUGUAUCUGCUGGGCUACAUCCCCAAGGAUGACCGUCUCUACCUCGGAGACAAGGAGCUGCAUGUAAUCAGCUUCUCCCUGCUGCUUUCAGUGCUGGAAUACCAGACAGCUGUCAUGAGGAGGGACUUCACCACGGCCGACAAGGUUCUCCCCACAAUCCCCAAGGAGCAGAGGACUAGGGUAGCCAACUUUUUAGAAAAACAGGGCUUCAAAAAGCAGGCCCUGGCUGUGUCCACUGACCCAGACCACCAGUUUGAACUGGCUCUGCAGCUGGGAGAGCUCAAGACAGCCUAUCAACUGGCCACAGAGGCGGAGUCAGAGCAGAAAUGGAAGCAGUUGGCAGAGCUCGCUACUACAAAGUGCCAGUUUAGCUUGGCUCAGGAGUGUCUGCACCAAGCUCAGGAUUAUGGGGGAUUAUUGCUGCUGGCCACCGCCUCGGGCAACGCCACCAUGGUGGGAAAACUGGCCGAGGGGGCAGAGAGGGAUGGCAAGACCAACGUGGCUUUCAUCACCUACUUCAUGCAGGGGAGAUUGGAGAAAUGUCUGGACCUUCUCAUCAAAACAGAUCGUUUGCCAGAAGCUGCGUUCCUGGCAAGAACAUAUCUGCCAAGCCAUGUGCCAAGGGUGGUAAAGCUGUGGAAGGAGAGUCUGUCCAAGGUCAACCAGAAGGCAGCAGAUGCUCUGGCUGACCCCACCCAGUACAGCAACCUGUUCCCCGGCCUCCAGCAAACCCUGGUAGCUGAGCAGUACCUAAAGGAGACUCAUAUCGGGGUCAGACCUGCAGCAGAAUAUCCACUCAUCACGCCAAAUGAGGACCGUAAUGUUCUGGAGGAAUCUGCAGGUUUUGUGGUUAAAGGAGGGAUCACUGAGCCAGAGGAAGUGAUGGAGAGCAUGGAUGUAGCAGCAACAACAGACGCUGCACCUGCAGAAGCAACAUUAAUGGAAGAGCCCAUACCACAAGAGCAGGGGUCUGUAGAUGGUCUUUUAACAACAGAAGAAGAAGAAGAAGCCAUCCCAACAGAAGCAACCACUCUGCCUGUUACCAUAACAGAGCAAGAAGUUGAGCCAAUACUAGCACCAUCAGUGUCCUCUGAGGUGGCUGCACCUGAACCAGAGCUGGAGAUGGAGAUGGAGAUGGAGGUGGAGAUGGAGUCUUCAGUCUCUGUAGAGGAACCUAUCGCAGACAUUCCCCCCCAAGAGCCAGAGAUAGUGCAGCCCAGUCCUGUGGAAGAUAUCAGAUCUUCAGUUGAGGAGGAUGUGCUGGAAAUGUCUCCAGCAACUGCCGUCAUAACUUCUGCCUGUGCUUCUGAAACUUCUCUUAUUGAGACAACAUCAGAAACCAUCAUUGCAACAGAAGAAGCACCACAUGAAGCAGUGGUGGAAGAAACCAUAGCAACAGAGGAUGCCCUAGUAACCACUGUUCUAACAGAUGAUAUUGAUGUAACAGCAUCAGAAGCUAUAGCAACUGAGGAAACACCUGUUGAUGAAGAACUGGAAAAAGAUGUAGUCGCUUCAGAAGCACCGGCCACUAUAGAUGCAGUGGCAGCAGUAAAUGAGACUCCUGUUACUGAGGAAAAUGUGACAUCAUCCGUAGCAGUGGAGGAGCUCAUCAGUUUUGAGAACACAGACAGUCCUCUGAUAGAUGUGCUUGUUCCAGUCCCAGUCCAAAGCUUUCCAGAUUUGGACGCUGACCCACUUUUAGACCCACUUGAUGAUGCAAUGCCAGUAUUGGAGCCACUCCCAGCACAAGAGGAACAAACCACAGCACUCCCAGUAAAGCCAGAGGACAAGCCGAAGCCUGCUGUGCCUCUGCAGGCUGAGCCGGAGGUUUUAUCCCCAGCAGCAGCUCCUGCAGUGGGGGGUGUAGUGGAGGAGGCAGCUCCUGAGGGAGAUGAGGAACCAACAGAGGAACCAGCAGAGGACCUCGAGGCAGAUCUGAAUGAUGAGGACCUGGAUGAUCUGGAUCUGGAAAAUCUUGACCUGGAAGAUAUCGACACUACAGAUAUCAACCUGGAUGACGAUUUCUUGGAUGACUAGAGAGAGAUAUUUUUAACUUUACCUUUUCAACUUUUAUAAAGCAGUGACCAAAAAAAGAGAAAGGGCUGAUUUCCUGGACGAAGAGUAACUCUAAUCUGACUAGUGCCCUUUAAGGCAUAUUUAAAGAUACUUUUUCUUUCUUUUUUGUAGACAUUGGGAACAUUAAGAUGCAACCUAAUUAUUUUCAUAAGAUUAGUGGUAUUGUGGGACCAAGGUAAAUUGAGUUAUACCUCCAAAAAGGCAGGUUUAACUUCAGAUUAAGCCACAGCCUUAGUAAUCAGAGUUGUUCAGGGUUUAUUUAAGCCCUAGUUAGGAGCCAAGCCCUAUGCAAUGUACCUUGAGAGAGAAGUAAAUGUGUUUAAGUGGAAAUAUAGAUAGGAAAUACAGGAGUUUGUGUGUUUGGAUUACAGUCAUUUGAAAAUUUACUUGUGGCCUUUUUCUUCUUCUUUUUACAACUCUUUUGCUAUGUAAACAUAAACGUCAGUUCACAUUUAAUAAUGCAGAUAUUUGGUGGUUUCUAUUUUCUAUACUGACUGCAGUGUACACCAUCAUGAAGUCAUUAAUAAGUACCCCUCUUACCACUUCUUCUGUACCUCAUGUAACACCACUGUCAAUCAGGGUGUGAUCAAAGCCACCGGGGAAUUCUUCAUCUUUCAGUAUUUUUUACACUGAAAUUUAGAAAAGUCAAGUAAAGUGCUUGAGUUUAGCUGAUCAGAGCAGUAUUUGAUGUGGUACAAGGCUGCCUUCAUGUCUGCCUAUUGCUGUGUUCUCUAUAAAACAUACAUUCUGAACUGUUGAACAAGCCCCAUCAGGUCAUGUUACCAAUUUGUGGUUGACAUUUUAAUAUUUUGUUGCAUGUUUACAAAUAAACACAUACAGCUGCUUUUAGUUUUUCAAAUAAACUGAUAUGAAAUCGUACAGUAUGUUGCUGUUACAGGUUUUUUUUUUUAAAACAACUUUUUUGUUUUUCCCCUUUAAAAAAAAAAUCGAGAUGGAUGGUACUGUUUAUAUGGACAUGAAAAGUGAAUUUAAUAAGCUUGUCAAUAAAGUUCUUUAUGUCAUC